AAAGUCGCCCGCCAAGAAGUGGCGUUCCCGGCCUGUGCCAUCCCGAAGGAGCGGGAUAUCGCGUAAGCAGGGCCGUAUACGAACCUGGGAUGGGAGACACAUGCUGAGAAUACACCGGCACCGGCCACGGAUAUUCGGGCGCCCCCUGCUGUCGGCGCCUGCCUUUGCAUGGUUGCUGCAGCACGCCGUAUUGCUCCCAUCCGGUAGGUCUCAGACAGAGCGAGCGUACCGCCGCUGCAGCAUGCGUACGAGACUUCCAGGACAACUGAGAACAAUGCCCCGCAUACUGUGGCAUAUCGGCCGGCCGGCCGGCAGCCGCAAAUUCAGGGCGCCAACGUUCGUCGUCACCUCAGCCUUGGACGAACGUCGUUGUCUUGGCAUGCGGCUUGCUUCUGGGCGGCUGUUCACUUGCUUGCUUCGGCCUCGGCUUGGCUCAGGUGACUGACUGGCCAUCAAAAUCGGUUCCAGACUUCCCAGAUCUGCGGUAUCGGCCGGGGGAACAAAUGCCUGCUGUGUGGCCCCCUGAGAGGCUUGGGGGCGCUGCUGACCAGGUGAUGCACCGUGUGUAACCUGGAAAUCGGGAUAUUUGGCGACUUCAUGGGGAAGGAGGGGUGUGUCGUGAGCUUCUGGCUCAAUCCUGCAUCCUGACGUCGCAU